AUGCCGCCAGCUCUUCCAUCCGGCAAAUCCCUCGACAAUCUGAUUGCUGCGAGGGCGAUGGAACCAGAGCUUGUAUUACCAGCACCAGACCCAACGGCUGCAGCAUUCAAGCGCAAGAUCUAUUUACGGCGAGACCCAGAACCACCCGCCAAACGGGUUCACUUGGACUACCGGCACAUGGUAUUACAGCCCGUCUGUUGCCCAAUAUGCGUAAGAUAUCUGGUCCCAUGGGUUUGGGCCAUCAGUCGGGCCCGGGUGCCACAGCCUACCGAGCAUAAGACAGGAUGCACCUUUCUGGAGCCAUCAGCCGGUCUCAGAUAUGAAAGCCCAACCGUCGUCGAUGAGGACCUAGGUAUCAGUUCCGUCUACAUCUGGGACAUCCGCCGGUACCGGGCCCAUCCGCCGACAUCUGCCUGUACCGCGCAUGACAGGCUGUCAUUCCCUGCGCAUCAUCGCGGAUGGUACACGUAUGGUGCAUCCCUCCGACAUGCCGAAGAAUAUCCUGCUGGGCGCAACUGUUGGCCCUUCCAAAAUCAGAUGCCUAUCAUGGGCCAGACCACAUAA